AUGACCACCUUGUAUGACAAGUUACAAAGCAUUGAAGAAGAGGUUGACAGACUGUGUCUAGCAAGAAAACUGAAUAUGGAGGCAGAGUAUCUCAAAAGAAUCAAGUGCAAGAAGUACCUCAGAUGUUAUGUCCAAGUUGCUAUAAAGAAGGGCACAUUUAUACGUCUUGAUAGCAGGGUGAUCAAUGACUACAAAAAUGGGGGAGAGAUGAAGUUUUCAGAUGUUGUGAAGAGGUUUUGUGUUAUAUUUGAUAGCAAUCUUGCCACGACAACCGAGACUCAUUUUGGAGGCCGCAAGGCAUCGAGUGAGGACGGUGAAGGUACAGAGCACCCUGGGAUAGUUAACGGGGAUGGGAACCUACCGAAAUCGGUAUGCAACGGAGGCAUAUCCAUGGAAGGGUUCUUUGAAUGGACUAAAUGCUGUGGAGAUACCGAAGCGUUUGAGAUAAACAGUGACAAAAAACCAAAGAAUAUAAAACUCCUGUUUGACCUUGAGAACCCAAGAGAAAUCUUCAGGUUGUCUACAAAAUUGAGUAACCUUCUGAUGAAGUAUACGGACACAAAGCCAAAUGUGGUAACACAUCUAUGGAGAUAUGUAAAUAGGAAUGGGCUUAUGUCUAUUGAUUCAGACAUAGUUGAAUGUGACUUACCGCUAAAAGACAUCCUCGGAGUAGAAAGAUUUGAAUUCCCUCAGCUUCCAGACCUUAUAGUACCGCAUCUAUGGCCCUUAGACUAUCUAGUGGUUGAUAUCCCUUCGGUCGACGGCCAUACAGAAAUCUUUGACAUCCCAUUUGAGUGGGACGACCUAUAUCAGUGCCCCACCUUGUACACCAAAAGGAUCUAUGCUCUUGACAGAAAAAUAGAAGCUCUCAAACAUCUGCUAAAAAGGUGCGAAAAUAGAGAGGAUGUACUAAGUGAGUUUGAAAAGGAUCCCGCAGCAUUCAUUAACAAAUGGAUAUGUAUCGACACGAGCGACGUGUGCCACAGAACAUCUCUUUUUCGUAACAAAGACAUGCAAGAGAAGAUUUUUGGGUUGUUGAAGAAACUAGAAUAA